AUGAAUGAAGGAGGGAGUGGAUACUCCAUACACACAAUAUGCCGCAUCUGCUUAAACCUCCUGCAAAAUGAUGUCGCCUACGAUUUAUUUCUGGUUCCGGGUCUGGCCAAAAAGUUGUGUGUGUGCACUUCGCUUGCCGUGGAGCAACAAGACGGCUUCCCUAUGAAUCUGUGCACACAGUGCUUUAGCCGGCUCAAUGAUCUGCAUGAUUUUCAGAAGCUGUGUGUGGACUCGGUACAACGCUUUCAGCAGAUGGUGGCCAACAAUUUCUUUGGAGUAACAGCAACAACAGCAGCAACUGCAACACCGCUCAAUCACAUCGAUAACUUUGAUGUGCUGAAUGUGGCUGGAGGAGCACAAGAUGGGGAAUUGGCUGGUGAGGAGGAGGAUCGCAUAAACUAUGAUCCGCUGCUUAAUCACAAAAUGGAGAUCAUUGAGAACGAGGAGGAUGUGUUUAAAAUGCUCGAACAUGUCGAUAAAGAGGCUGAAGAGGUUGAGAAGGAAGUCAAGGCCGAUGUAGAAGAUCAGGCGGCGGGCAUUAUGCAAAUGUUUGAUGACGGCGGCGACGAUGAGGAUGAGGAUGGUGUUUCGUUUGCCGAUGAUCACGAUGUGGACUUUGAGCCCAACAGCAGUGAUGCUGAUGAUGAUAUGCCGCUGGCACAACGUCUACGAGGCAACAAAAUGAGUUCGCAAAAGCAAGUUGAAGAUGUGGAGGAUGAGGGCAGCUCCGAGUCGGAUGAGGAGGGCGUCAAAUCGAGGACGAAACGCAAGCGUAUUCCGGCGGCUGAGCGACAUCUGCAUCGCAUCAUCGACUGUCACAUCUGUCAUCAGAAGUUCAAGAAGGCCAUACGCUACGAGGAGCACAUGAAGCACCACAACGAUCUGCUUCCCUUUCAAUGCAAAGUGGAGAGUUGUCGCAAGGGCUUCACUACAGCUGGCGGUCUGCGACUGCAUGUGGAUCAUGCCCACACGGAGUUGUCCGAGGUUCAUGCGUGCAGCGUUGAGGGCUGCGGCAAAACGUUUCCGCGCAUACGUCUGCUCACCUUCCAUAUGAAAAAGGUGCACAAUAUUUCGAAAGCGGCAGCGCCGCCUCGUGAUUAUCCUUGCACCGAAUGUGAGAAGAUCUUCCGUUGUCCUAUGGCGCUGAAAAAGCACAUGUAUAAGCACGAUGGCAAGGAGCUGCCCUUUCCCUGCAACAUUUGUGGCAAACGCUUUGUGAUCAACAGCGCGCUCAAGGAUCAUCUGAUGCGGCAUGCGGGCAUCAAGAACUAUGUGUGCCCCUAUUGUGGCGUGGGUAAGACCACCCGACAGGAGUGGAACACACACAUUCUGACACACACGCAGGAGAAGAAGUUCAAGUGCCAUAUAUGUGAGCAUGCGUCGCACAACAAACAGAGUCUGGCCAAUCACAUAAAGAUUGUGCACGAGAAGAUUAAAAACUAUGCGUGUCAAUAUUGUGGCAAGACCUUUGGCAAGUCGCAUGCCUGCAAGAUCCAUGAGAUGACGCACACUGGGGAGAAGCGUUGCGAGUGCAAGGUGUGUGGCAAGAAGUUCCUCUAUCCAAAGAGCCUGACGAAGCAUCUGAAGACGCACGAGAAGCGCGUGUUGCGGGCCAUGGAAACGUAUCGUCAGCGUCAGGUGGAACUGGGCGAAGGUGCUACAGCAGGAGCAGCAGCCACUGAGAGCACGGACAUCGCCGAAGUAGUUGGCUCACAAGCGCACAAUCCCGCAGACGUCGUUGUCGAUGGCCUGAUGUCGCAAAAUGCUGCUGAUGAACUGUUGAAAGUGUGCGCCGAAUCGGUGGCCACAAUACCCAAGGAUCCGCGUCGUGUGCAACGUGUGGACAUUUCACAGCUGGCUGGCACCGCUGUCAAUCCCAUACCCUCAGUUUCGGUGCCGUCGUGGUCACCUCAAGUCAACUUCACCAAGAAGGAGGGCAAACACAUUUGUCCGGGUUGCGGUCAAGGCUUCAAUAACAUUGGCAACAUGAAACGUCACUAUAAGAUCAUACACGAGAAGGUGAAGGAUUUUGCCUGUCGUUUUUGUCCGAAGCGUUUCGCCAAGGCGCAAACGCUGCGACACCACGAAUGGAUUCAUACGGGCGAGAAGCCCUUUGAGUGCAAGACGUGUGGCACACAUUUCCGCCAGGAGACGGCGCUGAAGCGACAUCAGCGCACGCACGAGAAUCGCCCGCCUGUCAUCUCAUCCAAGUUCUAUGCGGCACGCGAGGAACUGGAGGAGCAGGAGCGCAUGAAACGUGAGGCGCGUCGCAAGGCGGAUGCGAAGCGUAAAGAGAUUGCCGAGGCGGCCAAGGAGCAGCUGUCAUCGCUGCACAAACUGGAGGCAACCGACAAGAAUCUGCACUCGUACGACGAGUAUCAAGAGGCAGCUGCAGAGCGUGCGGCUGCCUCGGCGGAGCUGCAGGCACAGCAGUACGAAGAGAAUGAGGUGAAGCGGCGAGCGGACAUGGAGCGUCGCAAGAUCCAGGAAGCGGCGUACGAGCAGCUGCAGAAACUGCAGCAGCAGCAGGAGAUCGAGAAGGCGCAAAGCUCCUACGAUGGCUACUAUGCGCAAAAAGCGCAUGCCGAGGGCACCUCAAUCGAUGACCUCAAGAUUGAUCAUGUGUGA